AUGGAGGGGCUGCCGAGGGAAACAGAUGAACUGCGUGUGCAGAAGCGCCUGGGAACUGCACGGAGCCUGCCCGGAGAGGUGGCACUGCCGUUCCCAGAACAAGAUAGUGAGUGGAAGGGUCUGCCCCAGCCGGUAGUGAUGGAGGCGCUGGACCAGGCCGAAGGGCUCUCGGACUCGCAGAGAGAGAUGCCACCGCCCCCAGCUCCUUCACCGCCCUCGGAGCCGGCUCAGAAGCCGCCACCUCAAGGCGCCGGGAGCCACUCCCUCACUGUCAGGAGCAGCCUGUGCCUGUUGGCUGCCUCCCAGUUCCUGCUUGCCUGCGGGAUGCUCUGGCUCAGCGGCUAUGGCCCCCUCUGGUCACAGAAUGCCACAGACCUCCUCUCCUCCUCGCUCACACUCCUGGAACAGCUGGGACCCCUGGCCUGGCUGGGCGUUGGGACCUGGGAAGUCCCCAGCCUGCUGCUGGUCUCUCUGACUGUGGUCCUCGUCACCACCCUGAUGUGGCACCUCCUGAGGGCUCCCCCAGAGCCACCCGCCCCACUGCCCCCCGAGGACAGGCGCCAGUCGGUGAGCCGCCAGCCCUCCUUCACCUACUCGGAGUGGAUGGAGGAGAAGGUUGAGGACGACUUCCUGGACCUGGACCCUGUCCCCGAGACCCCUGUGUUCGACUGCGUGAUGGACAUCAAGCCUGAGGCCGACCCCGCCUCCCUGACCGUCAAGUCCAUGGGUCUGCAGGAGAGGAGGGGCUCCAACGUCUCCCUGACCCUGGACAUGUGCACGCCAGGCUGCAGCGAGGAAGGCUUCGGCUAUCUCAUGUCCCCACGCGAGGAGUCAGCCCGCGAGUACCUGCUCAGCGCCUCCCGCGUCCUCCAGGCCCAGGAGCUUCAUGAAAAGGCCCUGGACCCCUUCCUGCUGCAGGCAGAAUUCUUUGAAAUCCCCAUGAACUUUGUGGACCCAAAAGAAUAUGACAUUCCUGGGCUGGUGCGGAAGAACCGGUACAAAACCAUCCUUCCCAACCUUCACAGCAGAGUAUGUCUGACCUCGCCAGACCCUGACGACCCUCUGAGUUCCUACAUCAACGCCAACUACAUCCGGGGCUAUGGUGGGGAGGAGAAGGUGUACAUCGCCACUCAGGGACCCAUCGUCAGCACGGUCGGCGACUUCUGGCGCAUGGUGUGGCAGGAGCACACGCCCAUCAUUGUCAUGAUCACCAACAUCGAGGAGAUGAACGAGAAGUGCACCGAGUACUGGCCGGAGGAGCAGGUGGUGUACGACGGUGUCGAGAUUGCCGUGCGGAAAGUCAUUCACACUGAGGAUUACCGGCUGCGGCUCAUCUCCCUCAGGAGCGGGACCGAAGAGCGAGGCCUGAAGCAUUACUGGUUCACGUCCUGGCCUGACCAGAAGACCCCAGACCGGGCGCCCCCCCUCCUGCACCUGGUGCAGGAGGUGGAGGAGGCAGCCCAGCAGGAGGGGCCCCGCUGCGCCCCCAUCAUCGUCCACUGCAGUGCAGGGAUUGGGAGGACUGGCUGCUUCAUUGCCACCAGCAUCUGCUGCCAGCAGCUGCGGCAUGAGGGCGUGGUGGACAUUCUGAAGACCACGUGCCAGCUCCGUCAGGACAGGGGCGGCAUGAUCCAGACAUGUGAGCAGUACCAGUUUGUGCACCACGUCAUGAGCCUCUACGAGAAGCAGCUGUCCUGCCAGGCCCCGGAGUGACCACUCCUCCCCCGAGGUCUUCUGAGUCUGGGCCCCCACUCCAGCCACACGCAGGGCCCUGCCUUGGUCCUGGCCUGCUCCCUGCCCCUCUUGCUUCCUUCUCUUCAGUCUGCUCCCUCCCUCCUCCGUCAGCCUCGGCCUGGCCCCUGCCCCCCAACAUAGCUCUUCCUACUGUACAUAUU